UCCUUCCCAUCACCGGCGGCGGCGUUCGGAGUUGCUCCCGCGGCGGCGAGGCGGAGGCACCUGCGUGGCGGUGGCGAGCAGCAGGGCGCGGGCUGCCCGCGAUGCCGGCUUAGCGGCCAGGCAUGGCGCGGCGGCUGCGGGCCGGCAGGUGCCGGGGCGGGCAGGGCGGCGCUCCCCCGACGGGACGGGCGCUGGCGCUGCUGCUGCCUCUGUGGCUGUGCGCGGCGGGCGGCGGCGCGGCGCCGGUGUAUAACCUCAGCCUGGCCGUGGACGAGGGGCUGCCGGCCGAGACGCUGGUGGGCGACAUCCGCGCGGGGCUGCCACCGGGCGCGGAGCCGCCCGGGGGCUUCCUGCUGUCGGAGGGGAGCGGCGAGUCGGCGGUGCUGGCGGACUUCCACGUCCAGCCGGAGACGGGCAUCAUCCGCACGGCGCGGCGGCUGGACCGGGAGCGGCGAGCGCGCUACAGCUUCGCGGCGGCCACGCUGCGCGGCGAGGUGGUGCAGGUGGAGAUCGCUGUCACCGACGUGAACGACCACCCGCCGCGCUUCCCGAAGGACAGUCUGCAGCUCAACAUCUCCGAGCUCAGCCCGCCCGGCACCGCUUUCCGCUUGCCGGCUGCCCGCGACCCCGACGCCGGCGGCUUCGGCACGCAGGGCUACGCGCUGCUGGAGGAGGGCGGCGCGGCGGGAGAGCCGCCGCUCUUCCAGCUGCGCUAUGUGCGGCCGGAGCCGCUGGAGCUGGUGCUGCUGCGGCGGCUGGACCGCGAGCGGGCGGACGUCCACCGGCUGGUGGUGGAGGCGUGGGACGGCGGCAGCCCGCGGCGACGCGGCCGCCUGCGGGUGUCGGUGCGGGUGCUGGACGAGAACGACAACGCUCCCGCAUUCAGUCGCGGCGAGUACCGGGCGCGGCUGCGGGAGGACGCGCCGCCGGGCACCGCCGUCUGCCGCCUGCGGGCCACCGACCCCGACCUGGGCGCCAACGGCGAGGUGCGGUACGCCAUCAAUCGCCGGCAGAGCGACCCCGACGGCUACUUCGCGGUGGAGGAGCGCAGCGGCGUCCUGCGGCUCCGCCGCCCGCUGGACCGCGAGGCGCGGGCCCUGCACCGCCUGGUCGUGGAGGCGCGGGACGGCGGCGCCCAGCCCGAGGUCUCCAGCGUGCUCGUCUCCGUGGCCGUGCUGGACGUGAACGACAACCGGCCCUCCAUUCGUCUGCUCUACCUCACCGAGACCGGGGGCCCGCGGGUCUCCGAAGGGGCGCGGCCCGGCGACUACGUUGCCCGAGUCUCCGUCUCGGACGCCGACGAGGGCGGCGACGAGGAGGGCGCGGAGGGCGACGGCAUCGCGCUGGCCCUGCUGGGCGGCGACGGCGCUUUCGCCUUGCGGGCGGCCGGGGCCGGCGUCUUCUUCCUCUGCGUCGCGGGGCCGCUGGACCGCGAGAACCGCGACCUGUACGAGCUGCGGCUGGUGGCCACGGACGGCGGCACGCCGCCGCUCUCCGCCGAGGAGCCGCUGCUGCUGCGCGUCGCCGACCUCAACGACGAGACGCCCGCCUUCCCGCAGCCCCACUACCGCGCCGCCGUCUCGGAGGCCGCCUCCCCCGGCACCGCCGUGCUCCGCCUCAGCGCCUCCGACGCCGACGAGCCGGGCUCGCCCAACGCCGAGGUGCGGUACGCGCUGGAGGGCGACGCGGCCGCCCUGGCCCUGCUGCGCAUCGACGCGCGGAGCGGCGCCGUCAGCACCCGCGCGCGCCUGGACCGGGAGCGGCAGGCGGCGCUGGAGCUGCGCGUGGUGGCGCGGGACGGCGGCGUCCCGCCGCGCGCCGCCGCGUGCCGCCUCAGCGUGCGCGUGGAGGACGCCAACGACAACGAGCCGCGCUUCGAGCGCGCCGUGUACCGCGCGCGCCUGCCCGAGCACGCCGCGCGCGGCCGCCGCCUCCUCCAGGAGUUGGCCGUGUCCCGGGGAGGAGCGCGGUGGGUGCGGCAGCCCCGGCCCUGCGCUGGCGCGGGCGUCCGUGGUGCUGAAAGGCAGCGGGGAGCUGAGAGCGCCGUCGGGGAGCGCUGCCACCGCGGCGGGGCUGACGGAUAG